GAUCAGCCAGACCUUGCCGUGCGUCUUGCUGAGGAGCUGGUAUCUCCUCCAGUACUGUGCCUCAGACACCAGUACAUGUCGAAGAAAAAUGGAAGUUAUUGAGCUGGGAGAAGUCGACUUGAACUGUCCUUCCAACUGUCAAAUACACAAUACCCAUUUCUUCGGAACUGACAGACAGAUAAUAAGGAGAGGGCAAGCCUUUAGCUUUUAUGCUCGUUUCCAAAAUCGGGAAUGGGAUGACUCCGUGGACCAGGCUGCUUUCACCGUGGAAACAGGCCUCAGACCCUGUGAAUCAAAUGAGACAAAAUGCACCUUCCCAAUGGGCAGAUGUCUGGAUCAAACCUGCUGGAGUGCUUCCUACAAAGUUCAUCAGCCAAAAUGCAUCAGUAUCAGCGUGUUUCCUCCCUCCAAUGUCUGCAUUGGCCGUUAUAUUCUCAAUAUGCAAAUCACAUCUUGUGGUCACACGUAUCAGCGGUGUCUUGGAGAUUUUUAUGUUCUUUUUAACCCUUGGUGUGCAGAUGACCCUGUAUAUUUGGACAAUCAGGCCCAUAGAGAAGAAUAUGUUCUGAAUGAACAUGGAAUACUGUAUGAAGGAGUUCACAAGCACAUAACCUCUCGACCAUGGCAUUUUGGACAGUUUGAAGAUGGGAUUCUGGAUAUCUGCUUGAAGAUCUUAGAUAUGGGUGCGAGUUACCAUCAUGGCUCUGAUCGUGACCACUGUUGGCGCAAUGACCCUGUGCAUGUCAGCAUGGUGGUGAAUCACAUGAUAAGCAGCCAUACCACUAACAGUAUCAUGAAGAUUCCAGAAAACAAUGAUUACCUGAAAGGAACAAAGCCAUUUUCCUGGAAUGGAAGUGUCCCUAUUCUACAGCAGUGGUACAGUGGCAGAUGCAGGCCGGUCAGAUAUGGGUACUGUGGAUCUCUUGCUUCAGUAAUGUGCACAGUGAUGAGGUGUUUGGGAAUUCCAAGCCGUGUUGUCACAAGCUUCUGUUUUCCUUGCUCAAUUGAGAAUCCCCUUGGUAUCAAUGAGAUUUUUGACUCUACUGGUAAAAACCUGUGUGGCAAAGACAAGCUAUGGCGAUACCACUGCUGGAAUGAAUCUUGGAUGGCUCGCAGAGACAUAAAUCAGUGCUGUGGUGACUGGCAAUGUCUGGAUCCAACACCUCUGGAAACAGGCAGAGGUGUUAAACUUGGUAAUCCAAGAAACAUCUUUAACUGUAUAUUCCCCUGUCAUAGGCGAUACCACUGCUGGAAUGAAUCUUGGAUGGCUCGCAGAGACAUAAAUCAGUGCUGUGGUGACUGGCAAUGUCUGGAUCCAACACCUCUGGAAACAGGCAGAGGUUCAGCUUGCAGUGGUCCUACGUGGGUUCGAAGCAUCAGGGAAGGGGAACUGGACUUGGAUUAUGAUGGUCAUCAUAUGUUUUCUCGAGUAAACUCAAACUAUGUUGGCUGGCUUUCCCAAAACAAUGCCAAAAGAACAAAAUUUUUCUGUGACACAUGGCCAUGUGGACAACGUCUAAUCACCAAGAGUGUUGGCAGUGAGCAAUUUGAAGACAUUACCGGAGCUUACAAGUAUGAACUAGGUUCUGUGAAAAACAAAGAAGCCUAUUACCGGGCUUACAGAAGAAUUCACCCAGGGUACUGCAAUGCUUCCAACUGUCAUAUUGACAGAGAGUUAUCGUCUCUGAAAAACCCAUUUCUGAGCGACUCCGGAAUUAACAUGAGGUUAAAGAUGGCUAACUGCCCAAUGUAUGGUGAAGACGUCCAGCUGAACUGGCUGCUUGAAAAUCUGCGUAAUGAGAACAAAACUCUGAAGUUUAAUUUGUGCGCACAAAUUAUAACCUACAGUGGUUGCCCAAUGGAUCAGUUUUGGAAAGACAGUGUGAAUGUCACAUUGGGUCCAAGGGAAGUGAAAAAAAUCCCGGUGUGUAUAUCAUACAAUCAAUAUGGAUCUUAUCUCUGCGAUCACAACAUUAUGAAAGUAGUUGCCGUCUCAGACCCAGAGUGUGGAGAAGUUCUGAUGGUGAGCAGGGAUAUUGUGGUCAACCGACCACCUGUUAUUGUAAAGCUACUGAGCCAACCCAGACUGAAAGUACCAUGUACUGCAGAGAUCUCCUUCUGUAAUCCUCUCCAGGAAGACAUGAAGAAUUGUGUAAUGACAUUAGAAGGUUGUGGUUUAUUCAAAGAGCCGAUGACCAUUGAUUUGGGAACGCUGGCAUCCAACCAACAGGCACGGACCAUCGUGGAGUUCACACCGUACAGGCUUGGCAGCCACCGGCUCCUGGCCAACCUUGGGUGCCACAAGUUUGCCUACUGCAAGGGAUGUGCCAAAGCCGAAGUGUGUUGCUCCGCAGGCCAGAACGGUGUCAUGCCCGUCGGCCAGAACGGGUCACUCCCAGCGUGUGAGAACGGCUCCGUCCCCGUGAACGGCUCCGGGCCUGUCCCUGUGGCAGACCCCGCGUUCAACUCCAUGUGUGAAUAUAUAUGUAUCCCAGUGUGCAACCCAAACUGCAGCGCAGGGGGACAGCCUGUGUAUGAUUUCGUGUACCUCCCUGCAGGCCAUCCCUUAUGCAACUCCAUCUGCAGCCAAGGCUUCAAUCCAAGCAUCAAUCCCGGCUUUGAGAUGGGAUGUGAUCCUGGCUUCCGUGUCAUAUGCGAGACUGUACCUCCUGCUACGUGCGCUCCAAUGCCUCCAUCCAUGUACGGCUCCGUGCCAGCCCCAGCAUCCAACCCUGUCUGCACCCCUAUGCCUCAUGUGGUGUUUGAGACAGGUCCUGCUCCCACGCACCCCUCCGGAGGCGGAGGGGGGCCGAUAUCCUAUUCGGUCUCUGUCCCCACGAAUAAUGCGGUGAGUGCGUUGCUGACCCACUUCAUGGCUGGCCCCAGUCCCAGCGGGGCAGCCCAGGCAGUCCCCAUGUCUGCUCCGCCAUCCUACUCCAUGUGCUCUCCAGUCGUCCACACCAUCGGUAAUCCCAUGCAGCCCCCAACUCCCCUUUCAGUGCCUGGUGCCUCCAUCUCACACGUCGUUUGCGGCUCCACGCCCUCUCCCACCGCGCAGCCCGCGUGUGGCCCAGGGGCCCCGCCGCCCUCCCAGCCCCCGAGCGCCGCGGCGGCCCGCGGCCUGUGCUCCUCGCCAGCCGCCCAGCCGCUGGAGUCGCCCGGGGCAGCCUGCCUGCCGUGCUCGCCAUCCCCGCGGCCCCUGGCCGGGGCCACAGCCCGCUCCCUCUCCACGCCCACGCCCCGCUCCCAGCUUGUGGGCACCUCCGGGUCCCGCUCACUGUGCGGUUCUCAGUGGAGCCCCUCCUACGACACCACCACUCGCUUGGGCUCCACGUGGGCUCCCACCGCCCGCUCCCUGUGGAGCCCCGAGGGGCGCUCGGGCUACUCCUCCACCCGCGCCACCUACGGCACGCUCACACGCCCUCCGUACAGCUCCCUGAACCGCUCCUCCUACACCCUGUCCCGCUCCGGCUACAGCACGCUGCCCCGCUCCGCCUCGCCCGCCCCCUCCGCCUACGCCCUGACCCGCUCCGGCUCCUGCCCCUCCGGCAGCACCCUGGCCCUGGCCGGGUCCCGCCGGCCCUGGAGUCCCACCAGGAGCACUCUCACCUAUUUCAAACGCAAAUACCUGUAG